UGUCCAGCGGCAAUACACAAAAAUGGUUGAUUACGAACCAAUCAAUUGUGUUGUUAUUUUGGCUCAUUACGCACACGAACCAAUCAGAUGGCGUCUUAUUUUGGUCAUUACGAAAGGAGAAACGAGCAAAACAAGGAACCUGAAAUGAUGUUUCGAACGUGAUAUUCGAAGAGGAAAAAAUAUCAAUACCGAGGAGUACGCCAUGGCGUCGCAUCGCAGAUUUAACAUCCCUCUGCAUUCUAACGAUGCGUUAAAAACCAUGAACGAUCUUCGAAGGAAAGGCGAGCUUUGCGAUGUUGUCUUGCAUGUGGAUGGACACGAAUUUCCCGCGCAUAAAAUUGUGUUGGCGGGAGCGAGUUCUUACUUGCGAGCAAUGUUUACAAACGGCAUGUUGGAAAGUGGCAUGAAAGAUAUAAAGUUACAAGGGGUAGAAGCGACUGUGAUGGAAAGUUUACUGAAUUUUGCAUAUACAGGCUCUAUCGAUGUAACUGUAGAGAACGUACAGGCGCUUCUAUCCGCCGCUUCCCUGUUGAACUUGCAAAGCCUCAGAACUGUUUGUUGUGGUUUUCUACAGACACACCUUGAUGCGUCGAACUGUCUUGGGAUUCGGGCGUUCGCCGAUUUGUAUUCUUGCUCCGAACUCGAGGAAGCUGCCUAUCGUUUUGUUCGUCAACACUUCUUGGAUGUAGUCAAGUGUGAUGAAUUCCUACAACUACCCAAGCAAGCGUUGCGGAAUCUCUUGAGGGAAGACCUUCUUCAGGUUCGAUCUGAAAACCAAGUGUUCGAAGCUGUCGAAGCGUGGAUUUUGCAUGAUUUUUGCCGACGUAAGGAUUACGCGGUCGAAUUGUUAACCAAUGUAAGAGUUCCUCUCUUAACUCUUGAGUUCCUGGAAGCGCGAGUUUUUCCUUCGAAAAUCAUUAAGAACAAUGCCGACUGCCAACUCUUUCUGGCCAAAGUGCUCAACGAAAGUGCCCGCAAUCUCCCGCGAUAUAUGACACUUCCACGCGCUCAACCGCAAGCUGUAUACGCGAUCGGUGGUCGAAACGCCGUUGAUUGCCAGCUUUCGAGCUUAGAAAGAUAUGAUACCCUAACUAACCAAUGGAUCUUAUUGGCAAGCAUGAAAUAUCCUAGAACUGCAGUGGGUGCUUGCAGUCUCAAUGGUUUGCUUUAUGUAGUGGGUGGAGAGUGUGCAGUUAGCACCCCUCAUGAUGACACCAUGUAUGUGCGACAUGUUGAGUGUUAUGAUCCAGCUGUAAACCAUUGGAUUUCGUUAGCUGACAUUGCUAUUCAGAGGUCGUUUGUUGCAGUGACAGCAUUGAAUGGCUACCUGUAUGCUCUUGGCGGUGAAGACAGAACUUGCAGUUAUAACUAUGUUGAGAGAUACGACCCAAAAACAGAUCACUGGAGUACUGUGCAAUGCAUGAGACGAAAGAGAUCCGGAGCAGGAGUUGCUGUUUGUGACGGUUUGUGUCAUGAGCCCAACUGUAAAAUAGUCAAACCUCCUGCAAGAAACCAUCCAAAAUGCGCAGAUUUGCACAUUACCUUGUGGUUUUCCUCAUAAUGAUCUAUCUACAUAGUAUUACUGUAAAUCCCCUAUUAAGUCCCCCUCUCAAAUAAGCCCCCUCCCUCUAAUAAGCCUCCCCCCUUUUCAGGGGAAGAAAGGCAAUGAGCUCUCCCUCUCUACUAAGCCUCCCCCCUUCCCUCCCUUAAUUAUUCUUCACUAAUAAAUAAGAGGCUGUAUUAAUCAAUCACGACUGUAAAACUUAGCAACCUGGAAGUUCAGAUUUUAUUCUGAUCUACUGCUGUAUGACCUCCAGCCUUCUUGUUUUUGAGCUGCUCCACUUUGUAUUCUAGAUUUUUAUGGAGAACUGAAACCAUCGUCUUCUGUAAAUUAGAUAAGUUCCCCCUCUCAAAUAAGCCCCCCCCCCCCUCAAAUGGGCUUGAAAUAAAUAAGCCUCCUGGGAGGCUCAAUAGAGGAUUUAUGGUAACUGACAGAAAACUGNUUUUCUAUUUUUUUCUCACUUACUGCUGUUUGACCUCCUUCCUUUUUGUUUUUGAGCUUCUCCCCUUUGUAUUUUAGAUUUUUAUGGGGAACCUAAACCAUCGUCUUCUGUAAAUUUGAAAAGUUCCCCCCCCCAAAAAAGCCCCCCCCCCCCCCUCAAAUGGGCUUGAAAUAAAUAAGCCUCCUGGGGGGCUCAAUAGAGGAUUUAUGGUAACUGACAGAAAACUGAUUUUGGUGGUUUUGAAUUGGUGAUUGCUUAUGAAAGGUGAUAACACAGGGAAGUUUAACCUUGCUAUUUUAAUUUCUGAGAUAUCAAGUUUUAUGACUACAAAAUAUAGUUAAUUUGUUUUUGAAUAUAGCCUGUCAGCAAGCUCUCUGAGGUGCAGUGGGAUGGGAAAAGGAAGGAGAGCUUGCUACUACGUCUCUGGAAUUUGAAUUCCACCUCCAAUUCCCCUGUGGCUCCCUUUCAACUGAGCUGUCAGAUUUCCACCAAUCAGCGCAAAGUGGAACAAGUGUGAACGUAAACAAACAUUGAAAAACACAUGCCUAGGAAAGUGACAUCAUUACUAAUGUCAUCUCCGCCAAUCAGCAUUUUGCAUCAACUUUUUCGAUGCAGAUAUUCAAUUCCAGAGACAUAGUUGCAAGUUCUCUCUGCCGCCAGAGCUCCCUGGAGAGCUUGCUUGCAGGCUAUUUUGAAUAUAGUACAUAUCAUACUUUGAAUCAGCUUUUGAGCCCCUUUAAAGGGAAAUGUCUAAGAGGAAAAUGAUCAUUAUUCAGAUGUUGAAUUUCUAAAUUUUUGAGGGUAUGUUCAUAAUGGGAGGGGUCCUUUGCUUUGUAAGAAUGUUCUGUGAUAAUUUUUGGGACUCCAGAUCUAGGAGAAAGAAGCCAACAGAACAGAACACCAUGUUUUAUCUGAUAUGUGGACAACAAGAAGUGCACUGGAUGAAACACUCUUUUUGAUAUAGCUUUUCAAAUGAUCAAGAAUUACCUCACAGGUUUUGUUGCAAUGCAAGAUUUCAUUGUAAAAAGUUUGAAAAAUUUAGUGCAGUGUUCCCUGAAGUAACCUUGCAACCGUGAGUUAUUUUGGAAAGUAUUAGACUAUUAUCAAACGUAGGCAACAAAAUUGCAAAAUCAUGCUUCAAACAAUGGGUCCGGAUGGCCAGGGCUUAUUGUAGUUUCUGUAGAAUAACGCACUUAGGCCCAGGUCAGACGUGGUGCUUCUGCUGUGCCGAACUUAAUUCUAAUUUGGUUCGACUGUAGCACGGCAGGAAAACAACUUUGAUUCAGACGUCGUGCCAGAGUCGAACCAAAUUCACGAUUUACUGAUGCCUCGUAACAAUUCUUCUCCCAACUCCCCAUGGGAACGCAGUCUCGCCAAAAUACAUUAAUAUAAUUUAUGAAUUUUGUUUAGCGCGGCAGAAGCACGACGUUUGAAUCGCUGCCGUGCAAGGGCCGUGUAGCACGGCAGCGCUUGUCGAACUUAAUUGCUUGCCGAACUUAAUUCAAAAGUUUGAUUCAGACGACGUGCUUCUGCCGUGCUUUUGUCGAACUUAAUUCCUGAAUUUAGUUCGGCACAACAGAAGAACGACGUCUGAACUGGGCCUUAGGAGUAUUGGAUGCUAUUCCAUGGUUACCUCCUGUAAAGGGUUGCUUUGGCAAUUGGUCAUUGGAAAUUUGGGCAAUGGGUAUACCAAGGUCACUGCAAUGAUUUGCUUGAGUGACCACUAAACAAUAGCUUCUCAGUGCACAAUUCCCAAUGCCUAAAAGCAACCUUCAUUGAAACAGCAACACUGUACAUUUACAAGUGGGUAGAUGGAGACUGUACUACCCAAAGAAACUAUGCAAUGACAAGACUUAAACCCAGAUCUAAAGAUCCAAUGUCUGAUGUGUUAACUAUUAGACCAGACAUGUCAACAUUGUUGUCACGCUGGUGUAGAAAAAGGAACACUUGCCAACUAUAUAGUUAUUAUUCUUUAAAAAUAAUACAAAAUUUCACACAAAAAUCGGUGCCCGUGGACCACAAAAAUCUGCCUAUGUUAUCUCAGACACUUUUUAAAUGCUUUGUAUUAUUGAAAGAGCAAGUUGUUUGCUUUUCUAUUGCAGGGAAGAUAUUCAUUGCAGGGGGCUAUGACCGUGGAGUGCAUAGCGACAGAGCAAGUGUUGAAUGCUAUGAUCCUGAUUCCGACACCUGGACUUUUGUCACUGAACUUGAAAAAGCACGGUCAGGCAUGACACUGGCAACCAUUAACGGAUACAUCUAUGCGCUAGGUGGCCGCAACAGAAGUACAGAUCAUUAUUUUGAUCUUGCCGAAAGAUACAACCCCCAGACCCAUCAGUGGCAACCUAUAGCACCCUUGAACACACCCCGAGCAUGGCCUUCAGUGGCAGUUUAUGACAACAAGAUAUUUGUGCUAGGGGGAUUUGAUGGAGCACAUAGACUCUCCAGUGUGGAAGUUUACGAUCCUGACACAGAUACUUGGCGUUUUAUGCAGGACAUGAACACUUGUCGAGCAGGAAGUGGUGCAGCUGUGUUGUAAAGAGUUUGGAAGCAAAAUAAAAGAGCUAUUGUUUGAUUUCUUUGAAGUCUUUCGAGGGCUGUUGUGUGGUGGACUUGGCACUUGCGUGAUGUUUUUUCACGGUUUUACACACAUUUUUAAAUUUGUAGAUGUUUUUGCCCAACUUGCUG